AGUUGUGUUUGUCGGUGCGCUGGAAAAGAAGUCAGUGGRAACUCCUCUGGCCGUGUUUUUGUGCCAUCAUAUUUUUUUCUUGUAUCUGUGCAUAACCGACAAAUUUUUUGUUCUCCGUCCAGGAAGAUAUUUUCAAUGUCAGCAGUUUGGUGAAUGAAGUGAUUCCCGCAAGCUUGUACCAUCUCUACAUCACUAAGUGAUCAGAAUUCCCAUCUGAUGAGCAUCAUGAAUAACUCAAACUACACCCCAUCCUGCUACGCCAACACCACCACUCCAUAUAGAUAUAAUACUGGCAUUAACAACGUUAGCUACUCAGCCACCUUCAGUGCUUUGGGCCUCAUCUCUAAUCUAAUUGCCUUUAUUGUCCUCAUCAAAUCCUUCAAGCAGACAAAAAAUAAUUCUCGCUCUUUCUACCUCAUCUUCCUGGGUGGUCUUGUAGUCACUGACUUCAUGGGUCUGCUGGUCAUUGGCUCCUUCGUGAUUUCGUUUUACGCUACAAGUGUUAACUGGAGUAAGUCAGACCCCACAUGCCACUUUUGCAACUUCAUGGGUAUGUCCUUGGUCUUCUAUGGAUUGUCCCCUCUGCUACUUGGUGCCACCAUGGCCACCCAGCGCUUUAUUGGCAUCAACCAUCCAUUUGCAAGUUCCUCCAGAAUGACCAAGAAAAGGACUAUUUCCAUGGUGCUGAUGGUGUGGUUCAUUGCUGGAAGCAUAUCGUUGCUGCCACUAGCAGGGUUUGGUAGUUACCACAUUCAGACUCCUGGCUCCUGGUGUUUCCUCAACAUGACCCCCAAAACAAGUGACUGGAGUUUCGCUCUGCUUUUCUCCCUGGUUGGACUGAUCAGCAUUGCAACRUCAAUUUUGCUGAACACUGUGAGUGUGGUGACCCUGUUCAAGGUUUACUGUGGAGCAGAGAGGAGACAGCGUAGCAGAGACCAUGAAGUGGAAAUGAUGCUGCAGCUUAUACUGAUCAUGACCAUUUCCACCGUUUGCUGGUGCCCCUUGCUGGUCUUCAUUGCCCAGACAGCUGUUGCCAGRACYGGUUUUAAUGUGAUAUAUCUGCUUCUCUGGAUACGCYUUGCAWCCUGGAACCAAAUCCUAGAUCCGUGGGUAUACAUCCUGUUUCGCCGGUCAGUUUUGAGGAKAGUGAAYCCUAAUGCUKACUGGUCCCGGACCUCCAUCAUUUSUUUGUCUUCAWSUAUWCGUGACAACGUCCAUCGAUYCGCACGGUCUUCACUGGGAAKCACCCUGCGCKCGGAUGUCCCAGAGGAUCCUGAAAAAUCAAAUGUGAUGCCCCCCUCUCCACCAACAUCAUCCUCACUUUCUCCAUGUUUGAUUGGAUCUGAGUCAUAAUUACAGCAGUCACAUAAGUGAACCUGUAAAUGUGGUCUGCUCUGCUGUUGUUUUUCAUAAUGAAUGUUGUAACCCAGUCCAAAUUAAAGGUAUUUUGUAUUGAG